GGGGUGAAAAUUCGGAGGUCAUGCCACCAACCCUGUUAAUAAUUCAAAUGCAAAAAAAUCGAUUAGUAUUGUGAUCCUUUGUAGUUUCCUCUCAUGCAUGCACCUUUAAAGCUUCGUACCACCGUGGAAUAUUGCCUCAGUUUUUUUAUGACUGCUUACGAUAAGUGUUGCUAUUUUUUUUUUCAAGGUCAUUCCACUCAGCCCGGGGAAAUGCGAAACCACCCCGAGGACGAGUCCGAAUUCCAACUGGAGUUCACCGACGACAUCCACAAGACGCAUAUGUUGGCCUCCCUCAACACCAUGCGAAAAAAUCGUCACUUUUGUGACGUCAUUCUUCACGUUGGCAAUACCGAAGUUCAUGCUCAUAGAGCUGUACUAGCGAGUGCUUCACCCUAUCUCGCCGAACUUUUUGCCAACGAUCAAGCGCAAAAUCCCCUAGAAAAUGUGGUCACGUUUAAAUUGAACGGAGGGUUUAAUAAAGACGCCUUGAGGAUCCUGGUCGACUAUGCAUACACAGGCCAACUCGACGUCAAGUAUAACCAGGUCAAGGCGGUUUUCCUAGCCGCCAACCACCUAAAGAUGGACCGCGUGACCCGAACAUGCGCCCAACAUUUAAUAAAACACCUCUCUGUGGAAAAUUGCAUUGAAAUCCGUUCCUUGCCUGGCAUUGCCCGCAACAAGGAAUUUAUCCAACAAGUGGACGCAUUUAUCGCUAAAGAAUUUGAUAAAAUUUGCAAAAAUAACGAUGUCCUCAACUUGCAUUGCGCCAAAAUCGAGGUUUUGAACCAAUCACGCGAAGAAAUGUCUCUAGUGAACCAAAAUUCACUUUGUCGCCUGGUCUUGGAAUGGAUCAAACGCCAAGUGGGCGAAGAAUCAAUUAGUGUUGAAAUGUUGUCCGAUAAAACCUUCAUGUUGUAUCUAGCAAUCGAUAAUUCGCUACAAGAUUGCUCAAGUCUUCCGACUGGCGACAUAAGCGAUACGGAAAUCGUCCAAGACUAUAAAAAAAUGUCCCUGAAAAACAACAACACGAACGCUAAAUCGAAACGCAAAUGUUUGGGCCAGCCGUCAAAACCUCGCGUUCUGAUCUACAAUCGCGAAAUUGGCGAAGAGAUCGAACUCGAAGGCGAACCCGAUUGGAAUUUAAUCGCUUCGGAAAAAGUAGGCGAGCAUAGUUUUCUCGCAUUGGUAACACUGGGUGGCAGGUUGUCAACACUGUCGAUUCAGUUGCGUUUGAACACACCUUCGACACCGUCACCUGUGCAAACUCCAGAUUCGAGUCGGCCAGCAAGUGAGGAAAAGCCGGACCUGUACUGCGCCCUUGCUAACAUGUCGUGCCCGCGAUGCUCAGUCGGGUGUGCAAAUUUCCUUAAUACGCUCCUGGUGUGCGGUGGCUACGACCGUACUGAGUGUCUCCGUACUGUUGAACAAUACAUUCCUGAGACUAACACUUGGAAGGCUUUGCCUUCAAUGAGGGAGAAUAGAGGGCGCUUUAAAAUCGCAGUAGUGAACGAUAAAGUCUACGCUAUUGGUGGGAGUAACGGCACUACUGAGCUGGAUUCGGUUGAAAUGCUCGACUUGUCAUUGGAUAAGUGGGUCAAAAUGCCUAAAUUACCAUUGGCUAGGAGUAAUAUGGGGGUGUGUCAUCUGGACGGUUUGAUUUAUUGUAUUGGGGGAUGGAAUGGUCAAGUUGGUAUUAAGCAGUGUGAUGUUUUCGAUCCUGUUGCGUCCGAGUGGAGCUCCAUUGCCUCUUUAAACACCGGGCGAUAUCAAGCGGGCGUGACAUCGUACAACAAACUUGUCUACGCCAUCGGCGGCUGCGAUGCCUGGAAUUGCCUCAAUUCGGUCGAAGUCUACAAUCCGGAGGAAAACACUUGGAGUGGCAUCAAACCGAUAAUUACAGCGCGUCGUGGUUGCGGCGUUGCCGUUUUUAACGACAAGUUGUACGUAGUUGGAGGCUCUGACGGCUCUCAUUCCUUGAGUUCGACCGAAAUUUUCGAUGAAAAAACCCAGACUUGGGUCGUGGGCCCCAUUAUGACGACACCGCGCGCUAAUGUAGAUGUCGCCGUGGUCGGCGAUCGGCUGUACGCAGUUGGCGGGUUUUCAGGCAAAACGUUUCUGAAUACGAUCGAGUAUUUGGACGCGAAAUCGAACGAAUGGACGACGUUUGUACCGAAAGGCAGCUGUGAAAUGCUCAGGAAAAGUCGGAGUCGGCACAACUCCCGCAGGAGUAUGUCCGAGAAAACGGAGAGUGUCGAGAGGCCUUCGGAAAGCUUCGAGUCAUAACUAGCAUAAUUUCAUGUCUUUAGAGUAAUCAUUGUCUCACGCCUAAUCAGGUCACUCUCAUGUUAAUCAAGUGUAAUCAUUAGGUAAAAAGUAUUACUGAAAAUACGUCUCACGAAUCAUUAAUUGGGGAAAAAGACUGCAUUUGUUUGUGUUCGUGACUAAAUUACAUAAGCGCAACUUGAAAAUUCCAAGUCUGACUGAAUGAUUCUUGAGGCGGUGCAUAUAAGUGUUAACACCGAAUUAUCGUAGAUUGUAAAGUAUCAACUGAUUGCGUUGAAUUUCCCUACUUUUAUAAUUUUAGUCGGUUCGUUUCAAAUUUGUACGCAAUUUUUUAUAUGAUGGAGAAAAAGAAUAUAUUUUAAAUACUCUUUUCCACUGCAAUAACAGAAAUUAUAUAAAAAUGGAACUUUUAACAAUAAAGUAAAGUAUUAUAAAGACACUACUAUAGGUCAUGUUACUCUAUUUAUUAGUAAAUAAUAUAAAGUAUGAUUGUUAUAUCUGUAAAUGUUUGCAACGGCUGGAGCGCGCCCAUUGUGAUGGAUAAUAUUGAAAUAUCUGCAUAUUUUGCCAUAUUUGUAUAAUUGAAGUGGUUAUUGGAUGAAUAAAUGUUUUUCUUUUCUAAUAAGCAA